GAACAAAUGUUUAAUCUGUAAGCGGUUUAGGAGAGUGUGUUGGUGACAGAGAGCGCGCGCGCGUCUUCGGUUGCGUAUGAUUCAUCAUGGCGAGUUCUACAGCCGUCCCCCCAUCAGCAGCGAACGCUCCAUCUCUCAAGGGCUCCGGUAAAGAUGUAUCCAGCAGAAACGGCAUGGAAGACAGUGUCCACAGCUUCAAGGCGGCUGACCUGGUCAUUGAGCUGUCCCAGACCCACAAGGCCAAACCUGACCUGACCAAUCUGGUGUUUGGAACUGUGUUCUCUGACCACAUGUUGACCAUAGAGUGGACCAAUGCUGGAGGCUGGCAGAAACCUCACAUCAAGCCCUUUGGUAACCUGUCUCUCCACCCGGCCUGCUCAGCCAUGCACUACGCUGUGCAGUUGUUUGAGGGUAUGAAGGCAUACCGAGAUGCUGAUGACAAAGUGCGUCUCUUCAGACCCAUGCUCAACAUGAACCGUAUGGCCAAUUCUGCAGAGAGGGCCUGCCUGCCGGCCUUUGACAGGGCAGAGUUGGUAGAGUGUAUCAGGAGGCUGGUACAGGUGGAUCUGGAGUGGGUACCCAAGUCAGACUCUGCCAGUCUCUACAUCCGACCCACUUUCCUGGGUACUGAGCCGUCUCUAGGAGUGAAGAAGCCGUCCCGUGCUCUGCUUUAUGUGAUCCUGAGUCCUGUUGGUUCCUAUUUCAGUACAGGAGCUAAGCCUGUCUCUCUCUGGGCCGACUCCAAGUACAUCAGAGCCUGGAGAGGAGGGACUGGAGACUGUAAGAUGGGAGGGAACUACGGAGCAUCUAUCUACGCCCAGUAUGAAGCAGUGGAUUAUGGGUGCCAGCAGGUCCUCUGGCUGUACGGAGACGACCAUCAAAUCACAGAGGUCGGAACCAUGAACAUGUUCCUCUUCUGGAAUAAUGAGAAUGGAGAGGAGGAGCUGGCAACGCCCCCUCUGGAUGGAAUAAUCCUACCUGGGAUCACGCGGCAGAGCAUCCUGGAACUCACCAGGAAAUGGGGGGAGUUUAAGGUGUGUGAGCGGUACCUGACCAUGGCAGACCUACGCUGUGCUCUGAAAGAGGGCCGUGUUAAGGAGAUGUUUGGCUCUGGUACUGCAUGUGUGGUCAGUCCCGUGGGACGCAUACUCUACCAGGGAGAGAACCUACAUAUCCCCUGCCAGGACGAUUUCCCCCAGCUGGCCUCUAGACUGAUGAAGGAGCUCACAGAUAUACAGUACGGCCGGACCCAGAGUGACUGGUCUGUCCUCGUGUAACCAAGACAAAGUGGUGUGGGUAUCUGGGACACACAAACUGCAUAUGCAUAUAUGCAGACACACACACACACACACACACACACACACACACACACACACACACACACACACACACACACACACACACACACACACACACACACACACACACACACACACACACACACACACACACACACACACACUCAGUUUGAAAUCCCAUAGGGUCAGUAGCAAUAUUAUUCCACUCUAACUCUGCUCAAAUUGUGCACGACCUCCCCAUUAACACGCCCUGUCCUGCGCAGAACUGACACGCAGACGGCGCAGGUCUCAAUAGUCUGCCCUGGUGUGGCAGCCCUGCUAAAGGGUUAGCUCUAAAAUAUUACCAGCAGAAGGUUUAGAGGAGUAGCAAUGACCAGCAACUAAUGUUAAACCACUUUGACUCAGUAGACCUUUAGAAGGGUCAUGUUACGUAGGCAGAUGUUAUGUAUUUCAGUAUCGUUACAUGCACGUGUGUUGUUUGAACCCGUGUCAUGUGAAAACCUUCUUUUUGAGUGUGGCAUUUCUAUUUUUAAUAGAUGAUUUUAGAAUUGUAUUUCGCACAAUUAUAUACAUUUUAAUGUGAGCUUAAAUGACGGAGCAAGUUUAUCAUGGAACGCAGUUUAGUGCUGCUAAAAGAGAAUGAUGAGUGAAUUCAAAGAGGACACUGGAAAUAAGCCCUGAUAUAUCAGAGUGAGAGAGAUCCCUGACGUCUGAAGCUUGGAACCUAGAGUGGUAGAAGGAUACACCAACCACUGGUAUCAAAGAAAGCACAAGUCGAAGUAGCAGGUAGUAAUAUCAUUCCACGCCAGUUGCUGUGCACAAUCAGGUGUGUGAUGCUUAAUGUCAAAAUGUAUGUUAUAUCUACAAUCUGUUGAUGGUGACAUCUAAUCAAACAUAAUACUGGUCAUUUGUGUAGAGAUGUACUAUCUUGGACCAAUGUCUGCCAUUUACUGUAGACCUGGAUUGACCUAAAUUACUGUAGACCUGGAUUGUCCUAAAUUUACUGUAGACCUGAUUGACCUACAUUUACUGUAGACCUGAUUGACCUAAAUUUACUAUAGACCUGGAUUGACCUAAAUGUACUGUAGACCUGAUUGACCUAAAUUUACUGUAGACCUGGAUUGACCUACAUUUACUGUAGACCUGGAUUGACCUAAAUUUACUGUAGACCUGGAUUGACCUAAAUUUACUGUAGACCUGGAUUGACCUAAAUUUACUGUAGACCUGGAUUGACCUAAAUUUACUGUAGACCUGGAUUGACCUACAUUUACUGUAGACCUGUAUUGUCCUAAAUUUACUGUAGACCUGGAUUGUCCUAAAUUUACUGUAGACCUGGAUUGACCUAAAUUUACUGUAGACCUGGAUUGUCCUAAAUUUACUGUAGACCUGGAUUGUCCUAAAUUUACUGUAGACCUGGAUUGUCCUAAAUUUACUGUAGACCUGGAUUGACCUAAAUUUACUGUAGACCUGGAUUGUCCUAAAUUUACUGUAGACCUGGAUUGUCCUAAAUUUACUGUAGACCUGGAUUGACCUAAAUUUACUGU